AUGACUUCCCACGAAGUCGUAGAGCGCGCCCUCCUCGACCGCAUCGAGGAGCUCAAGGCAGAACUACGCGAGACAAAAGCCCGCUAUGCGGCCCUCGAGAUCAAGGCGAGAGACGACGCCAAGAAGCUUGCCGACAUCGCGUCAAUCAUUCGGAACGGCAUGCCUGACCGUUGUGGCGCCAACGAUAACCCUAGCGACGUCGAGAACGGGCGUUUCGAGUCCCCAGCCGUUGCGGCUGAGAAAUCUGAGCUUGGCGAUGCACUUCAGGCUGAAAGGUCUGGCCAGGCAGAUCUUAGUGAUACCCUCCAGGAGGAGAACAAGAGACCCAUGCAGUCGGCUCCGGCUCCGGCUCAAACAGCUGAGCUUGCGCCAACACCUGUUCAGGAAUCAGCUCAGCCUGAUGUUUCCUUUCAACAGACUGAGUCAUUGGCAAGUGUCAUGGCGAGAAUGACUGAGGGGGCGCAACUUCCCAGGAUUCAAGCACGAUACACAAUCAGAGUCACGCCGCCUUUCGCUGGGUCGUUGACAGCCCGCAAUGAAUCAGUUUGGGAAGACGAAGACGAGUUUGAAGAUUGA